AUGGUUGUCAACCAGGUAAUCUUAUCUACUUGAUCGUUACUUGCUCUGAUUUCAGUCAAUGGAGUCCUCGACGGGAGCUAACGUGGGAGAACCAUCUGUAUAUAACCUAAGCACGGCAGUCGAGCGUUCACCCGAUCUUAUUGUGGAAGACACGCAAGAUGAUAUCACGAGCAGCACCUGUGAUCCGGAGAAAUUCCAUGAGGUGUUUGGGGUAUAUCCGGCUAACUUGGAAAAAGAAAUUAAUGCUAUUGAAACCAAAAAAGAAGCAAGUCGAUAUUGCAGUUUUUUUGAUGUCAUGUGAAUCCUGUAGCUUCGAUUCUUCGUGGAAUGACGAAGCGAUUAUUCAUUUACACUUUGCAGGAGAAGACGCAACCAACUUGGUUGAAGCACGCUGAUCCCAAGCAGGCCGCCUUCUAUCAACUCAUCGAUGUUCCGGCCGAAUCUCGGCAUGAGGAACUGAACCCAAACACUUGGCGUCAUAAAUUAAUUACCAUGGCCAGAGGGUUUUCUGUAAGACGGUGUCAAUUUUAAGUUGACGGUAUUAUAUUUAUGUUUUAGAUCUGUUUCCAUUUAUGUUACACGCUUUGUCCCCCCAUUCCAUCUUUGAUUACCAAGAAGAUUGCUUUCUUUCCUCCAACCUCACCUUUUUACUUUUUCCGCAUAAAGAAUGAUGAUGGCAUUUAUGUCAAAGGGAAUGCCCGAGAUGCCUUUGGCAAGCAAGACGUUACUUUGGAGUUAUCCCCCCUUGAGGGAGAACACACCAGUGUUAUUGAAGGAGUCAGGGCUUUUUCUGCAGUUACCUCGAAGAACAAUUAUAUUGCCUGUGUUCGGAUCAAAUGCACCUUGAAACAUCGGCCACUAUCAUUGAAGAAAAAGGUAUGUUUUCUAUUACCGCAUGUUACAUAAUCUUUUUGUUAUGUAAAAUUCCGUUUCAGGUGAUCAUCUUCUGUCAACCUAACAGUUCUGACCUUGGUAUGUUCAUAUGGAAGAGAAAUACAGCUGGUCUUACCCUUGCCAAACUUGCUGAUCGCCUUGGCAUAGAUGUCGUCAGUUUUGAUUAUAGUGGAUUUGGAAUGUCGACGGGAUCUGCUAGCGAGGCCAAUGUUUAUGAGGAUGUAAAGGCCGUUUAUGAACAUGUCCGGAAGACAGAUCCUGAUAAGAAGGUGUGUUGUCAUUAACAAUAUCAUGAUAAGGAAUAAUUACAGAUUUUCUUGAUGGGACUCAGUUUGGGGACUGCUGCAUGUGUCCAUCAGGGAAUGCUGAAUCCCACAGCCCUUGCUGGGAUCAUCUUAUUGGCCCCGUUUACUUCCGGCGUAAGAGUUCUAAUGGCAACUCCAAAUAGGGCCAAACCUUAUAAGUUGGAUUCAUUCCGAAGGUAGGUUUUUAUUGUUACAACCUUUUAUUUCUUGAUUGGGCCCGUAUUUGUCUCAAAAGUUAUGUGAUGUAAAAAAGCCUGAGGUCGUAUACGUGUUGGGGACAAAAAAAGUCCUAUGCUUAUUUUUUAUGUUUUAGCUAUGAGAAGAUUAAGAGGAUUACAGUACCCGUUUUCAUUGCGCAUGGACUUUUGGAUGACGUCAUAGCCUACGAUCACGGUGUUGCGCUGCUCAGACAAUGCCAAAAGCCAGUACCCAUUCAACUCCCUCGCGAAGCGGAUCACACUACUGUUUUCACAGUCUCCGUAUCGAAGAAAAUCCUCAAUUUUGUGGCUAGAGAAGCUGACAAUUAUUCCUUGUAUUAUGAUAAAGAAGGAGUAAUUAAGGAACUGGAACAGGAAUUGAAGAAGAUUGCUGAUGGAAUCGAACAUACGAAGGCCUUCUCUGUCAAUCCAAGUAACUCUCAAUCCGCUGCUAGUCUCGACGAUUCCGAAGACAUUUCCCUUUUGGAAGAGGAAAUAGAAAAGUGAGUCGGGAGUGUGCUCGCUCUCUUGUUUUCUCUCACUGCGAGCGCUUUUAUGUAAAGAGAAACGAAGAGGAAGGAGAGUGUGGCCCUGUGGCGUAAUGGAUAACGCGUCGGACUUCGGAUCCGAAGAUUGCAGGUUCGAGUCCUGUCAGGGUCGAAUUUUUUUGUGCUCUUGAAUUUACAUAUACAAUGUGACAUAUACAAAGUUAAUAGUUCUCAAUUAUUUUUUUUGCAGGAUCGAAAGUAAUGAAGCGUUGUCGUUUCCGGAAGGAAGUAAUUCAACGUCUUUGAGAGUUUAUAAUCACGCCGAUCAUGUAAAAUCCCAAGCCCGAAUGCCCAAGGACCUGGUCGUGACUGCCAUUAAGUCGAGAUUCUCCCUGGCAGAGUGA